GCUUCGUCGAUCGGUCAGUCUCUGCAGCCAGUUUGUUGUUUGUAGCAGCCAGUUGAGGAGCAGAAGCGACGAUAGUUGGCUUCCAAUAAUAAUAACAACCAACAUUAGCAUCGAAAGCAAUCGAGAGUCGAGCAAUGUUACGUCGAGGGCCAACGGGCUUCAUAUCCGCCCUGAUCUUCGCGAGCCUCUGUCUGGGCUUCUGUCGGGGCUACUUCAGUCUGGAGGUGGGUGAUCCCUGUCCCACGGUCAAUUACCGCAGUCGCUGCCAAGCGCUGGAGGAUUGUGAGACUCUGGCGUCGCAUCUUAAAACGGGACGACUCACAUUGAGGGCGGUGAUGAACUGUGGCUUCACCACGCGCAGCGAGAAGAUCUGCUGUCCCGUCGAGGAUGCCCAGAGCGAGGUGCGGUUAGAUCCCACGGCGGCCACCACCAGUACAACUACAACUACUACUACUACCAGCACAACAUCUACUACUACUUCCACCACAACCACCACUACUACCACAACUCCAGCGCCAGAACCUUGGCUGAGCAUAUUCAAGACGGAUCGCGAUUACGUCCAGCAAUCCAUUGGGUCCACGCACCGGCCAACGAGGGAGAGCAUCACCUUCAGAGACACCUCCGAUGGCGCCGACUGCACGGCUCCCCUGUACGAGGGCCAGUGUCGUGCCGUAUCCGCCUGCCCCAGUGUGGAGCCACUCCUGUCGCAGGGUCGUCUCAGGGACGAGGAUUUCACAACGUGCCGCGAGGGAACGCACGAGGAGAUCAUCUGCUGUCCGCUCAAUCUGCCGCUGCAGCCACGCGUCCACACCGGCUUGCGGCUGGGUGUCCAGGGUGAUUCGUCGGAGGGCAAAGCUGCCGAGGAUCCGCUAGAGCUGGCCGCCAUUGCACGGGCGGAUAGGCUACUGCCACACUACCGCCAUCUGGCUUCGCUGGCACAUCCGAAUGCCGCCUUCGAUGGCCACCUGCAUCACUGUGCCGCCCUGGUACUGACGCCCCAGCUCCUGGUCAGCGCCGCUGGCUGCGAGCGACCAAGUCAUGCUGUUUUCGGAGUGGCUGAUCUGCGGGACGUUGACGCCGACGAGGACUAUCUGGCGGAUAUAGUGCGCCUGGUUCAAUUUCAAAAGGAUCUAUCACUUAUACGAUUGCAGGACCCACUGCGUCUGGGCAGUCAGACCUCCGCGAAUGUGAGCGUGGCUCCCAUUUGCACCCAGUUCGAGCUGACCAGGCUGCAGCGUAGCGGCAGCCUAGUGGCCGUGGGUUGGGGCAAGGGUGAAGACACUGACUGUCCGCUGUUCGAGAUGCCCAUGCGACUGCGUCCCACAUGGGCCUGCGGGGAUCUACCCAAUUACGGCGGAGUUCAGGAUCUGGGCAGCUCACAUCUUUGCGUGGAGCCGAUGGACGGCGAAAGGGAGCUGCAGCGGUUCUCCAACAGCAGCACCUGCGCCGCCUGUCCGGCUUCCGUGGGCAGUGUACUCCAUCUGGUGCGACCGGGCGGAGGUCGCUGCGUCAUUGGGGUUGCCACGCCCACGGGGGCUGAGUGCGAGGCACGGACCAUGUACUUCACGGGUCUGCUGAGUCCGCCGUUCAGGCGGUUUGUGGAGCAGGAGCAGAAGUAGUCAUCCAGGUUAAGUUAGAACAAUCUAUGCAAAUAAUGUAUAAAUUGGAUGAGAAGAACGCAGAAGUGAAAUUGAUUUCGCAAGCAUCAGCUUGUGAAAUAAUUGGAGCAGCAUGGUCACACUGAACACGAUCUGACUGUACUUUUAUGCCUAAGAAUAUACCAGUUAACAUCUACCCAAAACCUCAUUGUAGUAAGU